UGUCCACGUAAGCGGAGUUUCAUUGGUAGACUAGAAGAGGAUAGAGGGAAGGGGGAGAGAGAAAGUGUGUGUAUAUAUAAUCGAGGUUGAGAGUUAUUAGGUGGGAUUUGGGGAGGCAACCAAAUCAUAAGGAAACAUAUUAUUAUUAUUAGUAUUAUUUGGAUAGCUAUCCUAGCUAGCAAGAAUAUGGGAAGGUCUCCUUGCUGUGAUGAAAAUACUGGCCUGAAGAAAGGCCCCUGGACUCCUGAAGAAGAUCAGAAACUUAUCAACUAUAUCAACAAAAACGGCCAUGGCAGCUGGAGAGCUCUCCCUAAACAUGCAGGUCUUAAUAGGUGUGGAAAGAGUUGCAGGCUGCGCUGGACAAAUUAUCUCAGACCUGAUAUUAAGAGAGGAAAGUUUUCUCAAGAAGAAGAACAAACCAUUCUCAAUCUCCAUGCUAUCCUUGGCAACAAGUGGUCUGCAAUUGCAACUCAUCUACCGGGGCGAACUGAUAACGAGAUCAAGAAUUUCUGGAACACGCAUCUGAAGAAGAAACUGAUCCAGAUGGGGUAUGACCCGAUGACCCAUCGCCCGAGAACCGAUAUAUUCUCGAGCUUGCCGCAUCUCAUAGCGCUGGCGAAUUUGAAAGAGCUGGUGGAUCAGCACCAAUCUUCAUGGGAAGAACAAGCCGCCAUGGCUAGGCUGCAAUCGGAGAUGGCUAAGUUUCAGUACUUACAGUAUCUCCUUCAGACUUCUCCGGCUCCGGCGCCGCCGCCGCCGCCGCCGGGGCCCGGUUUCUCGCCCAACAACCUCAAUAACACCGCAACUGCUAACAACAAUAAUAAUAGUAAUAAUAAUGUUUCGGAUAUGGAAGCGUACAGUCAUCUGUUGAGUACAGUUCUGGGGUCCUCAUCGGCGACGACCCAAAUGGAUAGUUCCGUUUUGACCUUGAGUAACCUCGGACAAGCUAUCCAGGAUUCUUCUAUCCCGUUCUCUCAUCUCCCUGAUCUUCAACCUCCUUGCGCCGCCAUCUUCCAGCAAUCCUCCAAGGAUAAUAAUAAUAAUAAUAAUAAUAUGGUUCAAGCUCAAGGGAUUUCCGGCUUUACUGUGCUUAGCGACGGGGAAAACUCGCCCACCUCUCCCUGGCUUCCGUCCUCUCUUUCACCGUCUCCUCCUCCGCCGCCGGUCGUCCCUGAGCCGCCCACGGUGGACGGUAGUGGCGCUUCCAGCUACGGCGGAGCUCCGCCUUCCUCGGUUUGGCCUGAUCUCCUUCUUGACGACGACCCUUUAUUUCCUGACUUGUAAGAUAUAUGUAUUAUCAACCUUUUGAUUAAACCAUUUUCAAAAUUACCCUUUUGUUUAUUUCUGUCUUUUUUUUGGCCUUUUAGAUUUUCUACUUUUUGGGGUUUUUUUUUUUUUUUUUAAUCACUUUUAUGAUGAUAGUGUAACACUAAUUACUGUUUUUUAGGUCUGUAUGUGUAUAUAUAUCCAUCCACACUAUAUAUAAUUAUGCUUUCUUUUUUUCCCUUAAUUGGGUGUACAUGGGGAUUUGUUAUAUAUGCAUGGGAUUUGGAUGAAUGAAUAUACACAUUUUCCUAA